GAUUCUUCUAAAGUUAGGUUAUGUUUCUAUCAAGCUUGUAGUGUUGUUCUGCACGUGGUUAAAGUUUUAUAAAGUUUUGUUUAUUUUAUAGUAUUUCCUUAUUAUUAUGGGCAAACCAGAAUUUUCUCCAGGAGGCCGAGGUGGAUUCGGCGGAGGCAGAGGCGGCGGAAGAGGUGGUGGAAGAGGUGGAUUCGGUGAUAGAGGCGGCAGAGGUGGAUUCGGAGAUAGAGGCGGCAGAGGUGGUUUUGGUGGAGGCGGAAGAGGAGGUUUUGGCGGCGGAGGAAGAGGAGGUGGUGGCAGAGGAGGCUUUGACCGUGGAGGUAGAGGAGGUGGUGGUCGGGGAGGCCGUGGAGGUGGUGGCCGAGGAGGCCGUGGUGGAGGCGGUGGGGGUUUCAAAGGAGGCAAAACAGUUGUUAUCGAACCUCAUAGACAUGAAGGAGUUUUUAUAGCCAGGGGUAAAGAGGAUGCUCUAGUCACACUCAAUCUUGUUCCUGGAUCAGAAGUUUAUGGAGAAAAAAGAAUAUCUGUAGAGACUGAUGGUAACAAAACAGAAUACAGAGUUUGGAAUCCAUUUAGAAGCAAGUUGGCUGCUGCCAUAUUGGGAGGAGUAGAUCAAAUACACAUGGCACCUGGUACCAAGGUUCUCUACUUAGGAGCUGCAUCAGGUACUACAGUCUCACAUGUUUCUGAUGUAGUAGGACCAGAAGGACUAGUAUAUGCAGUAGAAUUUUCACAUAGAUCAGGCAGAGAUCUGAUUAAUGUAGCAAAAAAACGUACAAACAUCAUUCCUAUCAUAGAAGAUGCUAGACAUCCACAUAAAUACAGAAUGUUAGUGGGCAUGGUAGAUACAGUUUUUGCUGAUGUAGCGCAGCCUGAUCAAGCUAGAAUUGUAGCACUAAAUUCUCAAUAUUUCCUUAAGAAUGGUGGCCAUUUUGUUAUAUCUAUUAAAGCUUCUUGUAUUGACUCGACUGCUCAACCUGAGGCUGUAUUUGCAGCUGAAGUAAAAAAAUUACAAGCUGAUAAGUUAAAACCUCAGGAACAAAUAACAUUAGAACCUUAUGAAAGAGACCACGCUGUAGUUGUUGGGGUUUUCAGGCCGCCCCCAAAGAAUUAAUUUUUGUAUUGAAUUAAAUUUUUGUAUUGUCCCAUAUUGUUUUCAGGAUCGGCAAUGGUUACUGUUAAUAAGAGAAUUAAAUUGACUUUAAUUAUUAUAACUUAAUAGGACAAUAGUGUCAUCUCUUUUUUUUUAACAAUUGUUUUUCUAUAUAAAAUAUUUUAUCAAUAUGGACAUUGAAAUAGUGAAUUAAGAAGUGUUUUGUAGAAUAAGAAAUAUUUUUCCUCGACUUGUUUUUUUUUUAAUAAAAACUCGUUUAAUAUU